AUGCCUUUGUUUCGCAAAAAGCACAAAUCCUCGUCGCCUGCUGCAUCUCCCGCCUUUCGUUCGGUCGAGCAACUGACCGUACCCCCUCCGUCCACCGGUUCGCCGCCUCGUGUUCCUCCUGAAGAUCUUGCGUUUUACCAGCGCUUCUCCGACGUGCGCCUCCCCACUUCUCCUGCGGACCCGCCAGACAACUCGUAUUGUCAACAACCCCAACACCAACAACAACAACACCAUCCCCAUCCCCAUCAGCUAUAUCAUCAAACUCAUCCCGAUCAUCAGAACCAUUCGGAACAUCCACCUCCGUAUCAACCUACAAUCACUCGGUCGCAAAGCCAUCACUCUCCCACUCUGCUCAACUCGGUACUUGCGACCCCCGCUUUACCAGCUGCUACUCACUUCAUCGAUGCUGACCCUGCCGACCAGUCCAGCGUGGACAGGGCGUCUGAGCAACCGGCUUUGGCCCCCAACGCUCACAAUAGCAAUAAACAGGAUCCGCCGCAAAAGUCCCGCAGGAAGCUAUUCGGCCUACAUUCCUCGUCCUCGUCCUCAUCGACAGGCUUCUUGGAACGCAGCCUAUCCGUCAAAGGUACUUCCUCGUCGCAGUCGUCCCGCCAGCGACGGCAUCAGCAACAACUGUCGCUAGACACCCAUCGAACGCAUCGCGAUCGAGAUCACCAGAAGAGUACCCGAAAUAUCAAUUACCAUUCCUCGUCCGAGACAGUGCCCGAGGACCAUGUGGUAGACCCGAACCGGGGUAGCUCACAGUCUCUCCUCAUGCAGCAGGACACGACAACAGCUCAUCAGCGACCUCCCCGUUCCCCGCAGCACCCGCCUUGCAUUCAGCGAUCCAACACCGAUCCGAGCCUUCUCGAGAAUUUAUACAAUUCCUCACCUGUGGACUCGGCUUCUAGGCAACCUGUCGACCCUUCCCACGUCAUCUCUAAUCAGUCACAGACGCAUUUACAGCAGCAGCAGCAGCAACAAUCGCCUGUUUCCCAACUUCAAGUGGAGCCGCCGUUGAGUGCACGACCUCCAUCGCGACAGUCCGUGGGGCCGCCCUCUCCGUUGCCCCCAUUCUCCCAUCAACCGGAUCCGCACCCAUCCUGCGCCCACCAGAGCGGCAUGGCUUCAUCGUCGGACCGACCGGCCGGUCCCCCGCAGACGCAGCCCCAAGGUCACCCGGCCUUCCAAGGUGGUAGCCAGCAGAAUGCCACAGAGUCAGGGCGCAGCACGCCCCCCGUCAAUUCGAGCAGAAGAGAUGAUCUGGGCGAGAUCGAUGUGCGAGCUUUGCUGCAAAAGCAUGAUGAACUCCAGGCCAAAUACUCCAAAGUGAAGCGGUACUAUUUCGAGAAAGAUGCUCAGGUGCAGCAACUGCAGAAUACCGUGGCUCAUCAGCGCAUGGCCGUGUCCCGAACGGUCCUCGACGAUAAUGAAUAUGUAAACCGGUUCGCGCGGCUUGAUGGCGCCAUCAAGGAUCUGGCCUUUUCCAUUCGGAGAGACUGGAAGAGCUUACCCACCUGGUUGGCUGGCCAUGUCAAUGAGGACGCACACGCAACCGGCAUGAAGGAAAUGACGGCCAUUGGCCGCGCGACGAUGAGCCGAUGGCUGGUGGAAGAGAUCUUUGAGCGGCAUUUCCAUCCAGCUCUGGAACCGAACUUGAGCAUGCAGCUGAAGAGCAUCGAGAUGAACCUGCGCCGGCAACAGACCAUGGCCUACACGGAGGAGGAUCGCGAGAACGCGAUCGCGCGGAUCUCCAACUGGCGCCGAACCACAUUCGACGGCCUCACGGACUCGCUGCAGGGCAAAGCCGCGGAGGAAAACCGGGCGCAGCUCAUUGAUCAUCUCGUGGAGAAAUUUGUCGCGUGUCUGGAGAUGAACCUGUGUGAGCCUCCGCCAGCGGGGCUCGAGAACGGUGCACGGAUGAUCGUGGAGAACGCCGUGGGCAUCUCGGAGAAGAUCCCGCUGGAGUCGCGCGACAUCUGCGUCGAGUACUUUAUGCCAGGGACGCUGGUCAACGAGGCCGUCAUGAAGAUCGAGGGGGGCCUGCCGCCGCUGACGAACGUGAAACAGCCCCCCGAGGUGCCCCCUACGCGAGGCUCUAUCGAGCACGAGGGCGCUCACGAAGGGUUUGUCGAGGAUGGCGACGGCGAGUCCGUGCCUCCAUCGGGCGGGAGCAACUCGAUGGAUGGGGCAACGGCGGGAUCCACCCCCGGGCGCGAACAGCGCAUGAGAUCGGUUUUCAACACGUUGAUGGGCAAGCGGCAGGUUCCGGCCGUCGAGGCGAGCCACAGCGGCAAGGAGCUGAAAGAGCCGGUGGAGGAACGAAGCGGCGGCCGGAUCCGAUUUGCCUCGUUCCUAAGCGCAGAGGUACGCGGGAGAGGGCCUACGAAUGUAUUGGUCAAGGCGCCUGUAUAUUUGAUAUGA